ACAAUUGCCAUUGGUUAUACUUCAGGAUUAUGACAGUGGAAUACUUUGUAUUAAUGUCUGUUUCCUCUCGAUCUUUUAGAAAGACAAAAGGACAUUGGACAGUCUCAUCGUAAUUGAGAGUUUAUACAAUGAAAGGAAAUUAUGAAUUCGACAGGUUGUUGUACUUAUGUCAUACACUGUGUUCAUUGCCCAGGCACUUUUUCAAGAAUGGUAACAACGGACAUAGAAGAUUUUUCCUAUGAAAAAUGGUAUCCAAUUUUCAAGGAUGAAGCUAUUGAAUCUAUGAUUAUACCUAUUGCUAAGGAUGAAUUGGAGUAUUUGCGUGUCGGCCCUUUGAUAUUACCGAAGGAAGCAUGUAGAAAGAUAUACCAUGAUUCAUCAACAGAACGAAAUUAUUCAGUUGAGUGGAGUGAUGAAGAUGAUGACUCUCCGGAAACAGAGCCACCAACAUUUCCUGUGUUCAGCAAUAAAUUGAAAAAUGCUUUAAAUUCAUUGGGUGGAGAAGUAUUUGUUAAGACAAACUGGCAUGCUCCAAAAGAUGCUACAUGGAUAACUACUGGAAGAACCCUGAAAUGUACAUCUUUAGAAGACAUCUAUUUGCUUUUGAAAAGUUCAGAUUUGAUAUCUAAAGAUAUUUGCCAUGAAUUUAAGACUGAUAAUGGGGAUAAUGAUGAGAAACAUGUUGUUGUUAUCAAAAGAUGGAUGGACUUGCAUCCUGGAAGUGAAUUCCGUUGUUUUGUCAAGGAUCACCAAUUGAUUGAUGUGUUUGACAUUGUCCGAAUAGACAAUUCAAUAUUAGUUAUUGACUUUCAACCGUUUGAUAGAAGAUAUACAGAGAGUCUGCUUUUUGAAUGGGACGAUCUGAUUAAAAUGAGAGCAUCAUUUGAGGAGGUUGAUUUAGAAGCCAGUGACUUGGGAUCACAAAAUCCUGAAUUCAGAUUUAUCGCUGAAGAUGUAGGUCUGCAACCAAAACCAUUACACCAUGCAGGAAUGCCUUAUGAAGUAACAGAGAUGUGCAAUGAAAUGAGAGGCAUGUCACUUAUGGAGUACUUACGUGAGGAGAUUACAAGACAGGAGUCACAACCAGAAUGAGAGUUUUAUUUUGUUUGUUUGCUUGCCUGGAGAAAGCUUGUUUUGUGGCUAAUGGGGAUUCUGCAAUGUUUUGUAAGUUAUGAAUAAGCAUAGCAGAGUUUGCGAGGUCGGUAUCAAACAUGGUUAAAGGUUAUGCACAGAAACCAGAAUAUUGAUAUUCUUAUGAAUAUAGUUCUGAGAUUUCGUAAAUAAUUGUCAGGAAAUCGUGAAGGCCUUGAUUUGGACAGAGUGCUGAUUGCAGAUUCCAUUAUAUAAUUCUUGUUUUGCCUUAUUCACUGAAGUUGAGGUUACAUGAAGUUCCAUCAGUCUGACAAAGAUUAUACUAACAUUUUUGUUGCUUCACGAGGAGCUGUUGUUGAAUGUAUUGUUACAUGAAUAAAACAGUUAAUUUUACUACAUUGUACUUUAUUGUAUCCAAUAUAAGAAAUAUAUAUAUGUAUAUGCACAAUAAAUAAGUUUACAACUUGUAGUAGUUAAAGACAAGAUGUGUCUGUUCGGACUGUUUGUCUUCCUUUUAUUUUUUGACUAAAAAGCACCUGAAUAUUUUGAUCGGUAAAACCAAUGGCACUUAAGAGUUAUGAGUUAUAUUAUUUAAGAUAAUGUAAGAUUUUGUACUGCUUUCCAAUUAUUGGAAACCCAUAACUUUUAAAGUUGAACAAAGAAACAAGUUUUUCUUAUAAUAUAUUCAGUGGUGGCAGCAGAAAUCUUGGGGUAGUUCAUAUUAGAAUGAGAAUCAAGAGGUAAUCAAUGUACGUAAAAAAUUGUAUAUAUUUUAGUAAAAUUUUAAAAUCAGACAAACACCUAAAUUAAUUUUCAGAACAUUUUUCCUGACAUCAGUGGUUUUUCAAUACUGUGAAACAAAAUUGCUCAGCCAAUUCUUUUAUCUUUUGAUGGUAUGAACGUAACCAUUUUUAUGUUUAUAUCAGUUUCAUGUUUGUGUUCAUUAGUGUUUUCCAUGUCCCUUGGUUAGUAAGUUUUUUUCUUUAUAUUAUUCUCCUUUUGUUUGCAGUUUUUAAAAUGUUAAUAACUAUUUCUUUCAUCAAAUUUGUGAUCAUAAUUUUCUUUUUAUAGCUGAGAAAAGCCACCAAUGAUGGGAUAAAUGUCCUCAAAACUAGUUUGGGUUUUUGUAU